UAUUUAACCAAGUCUGUUCUAUUGAGACCCAAUGACCCCCCCCCCCCCCCCCCCACCCAUCAAGGGAAGCCUGGCCGAGACUGCAGUGUUAUAACCUGUGCUAAUUGUUAGCCCGUCUAUGAUUAAUGCUAACACAUACUGUAACGUAAAAACGUUUGCAUGUUUUUACGUUACGAGUACGUGUUGGCAUUAAGCUAGCAGGGGCAUUCUUAAGGCAACAUUGUGUGGUUGUUUUAAAUACGCAACAUGUAGUUCUCGUUGUUUGAUGUUCAGUUUGACAGUAACCUUCAACUAAGGCGAGAAGUAUUGUUCGUUAUCUGCCAAAACGCUGCUUUUUUUGACGCGACUUAACUGCCACCAUAAAGGCGCUCGUAUCGAAACAUUUUGCUCUCAAGUCAAAGCACAAAAAAAACUCGUAUGUCAAGACCAGUGGCACUCAAAAGGGUUGGCACACCCCCCGGGCACCACAAAACUGGAAAAUUCGUAACAAUACGGGAUGAGUAGCGAAAACUGCUGCACCACCUGCUCCUUUAAGACUGCAUGUGGUCCACAUCCAUCUACGCCCCCCAACCCCCGCCCCCCUCCUCUGGAGGUGCCCGCUUUGAAAGUUGGACCGGGGAAUUAGCGCUUCCACUGAAGAAGGCGGAGGAAGAGAACGGGGGUGGUCUCGUAGAGAUUGGACUGCAGCAUGUGUGGGUGGGCUCCAGUGAUCACAACAAAGAGACACGCCACACGGGCAGACGUCGACAUGCGAAGGAGAGGAAAGUGAACGCGCGGCAGGUUGGGGGGCGGAAUGCCUGCUGGCGGACUCGCGGCGGUCCACACCUCCACCAAGUCCGCCGCCAAGCCCGGACCAUGACGCCCACAUCCCGCACGCUGCUCUUCCUCUUCGUCACACUACUCGUGCUUCUCCUCCUCAUUGGUGAUAUCUCACAAGUGGAGCAAGAACGAAAACAAGAAGCCUCAAAUACCGGCCAGGCAAAGAUGAAGCGGCUCUUCCCCAGACCACGAAGAAAGACGGCAGCGCGUGUGGAAAGCACUUCGUUGGCAACACGGGCUGAAAUAAAUCACCUUCCCCCAGGCUUCAAUAACAGCGCCAAGCUCCUAUCAUCCAGCUGGACUUUCAACAAGACCCUGUCCAAGCUCAUCAGGAAGAACAUCCUAAGAUUCCUCGACCCGGAGCGAGACAUCUCCAUCCUGAAGGGCUCGCUGAGACCCGGAGAUGUCGUCCAUUACGUCUUCGACCGCCACAGCACCACAAACAUCUCAGAAAACCUCUACCGUCUUUUGCCGAGCGUGUCGCCCAUGAAGAACCAGCACCAUCGGCUGUGCGCCGUCGUGGGGAACUCGGGCGUCCUGCUCAACAGCGGCUGCGGCCCGCAGAUCGACUCCCAUGACUUUGUCAUUAGGUGCAACCUGGCCCCAGUGGAGGAAUACUCUCAAGACGUGGGGCAUCGUACCAACUUGGUGACCAUGAACCCUUCCGUGGUGCAGCGAGCGUUCCAGGACCUCGCGGACGACGAGUGGCGGCUGCGCUUCGUGCGACGGCUUCAGAGCCUCAGCGGCAGCGUGCUGUGGAUCCCGGCCUUCAUGGCCAAAGGAGGAGAGGAGCGCGUGGAGUGGGCCCUGCGUCUAAUCCUGCAGCACACCGCGGACGUGCGCACCGCAUUCCCCUCGCUGCGCCUGCUGCACGCCGUCAGAGGGUACUGGCUGACCAACAAGGUCCACAUCAAGCGUCCGACCACAGGGCUCCUCAUGUACACCAUGGCGACCCGCUUCUGCGAGGAGAUCCAUCUCUACGGCUUUUGGCCUUUCCCCCACGACGCGGAGGGCAAAGCGGUCAAGUACCACUAUUACGACACUCUCAAAUACGAGUACACCUCCAGCGCCAGCCCGCACACCAUGCCUCUGGAGUUUCGGACUCUCAACGCUUUGCACCGACAGGGGGCGCUGCGGCUUCACACCGGGAGCUGCGAUGCUGAGACAGGACCGCAGAAGGAGAGCCAAAAGAACUAGAAGAGUGGAAUAUCACCAUGGAAACAGUCCUUGGUAUGAGCAUGUGGACUACUUUAAUAUCAACUUUCGUUUGAAAAAAAAUUUCUGUAAGUGCAGCGUGACCCUUUUUCUAUCCCGAGCUCUUUUUGAUGUUAAAUUUACAAAGCAGUUGUUGACUAAAACUGUGGUACAAGUCAUGAAUGAGAAUAUAUGAAAUCAUAUCCCUUAGUUAACUCAACAGUUCUCAAACAUUUUACACCAAGUACGACGUAAAAAAAUCAAAAUCAAAACAAAUCUUCAAAUAACAUGACCAACAUUCAAAUGCAGCAGCAUAGUAGGCCUUCAUCAAAAACCAAACGGAUGUUUCAUUCCUAAGAAGUCAAUAUUAUGUUUUAAGACAAUGUAACAUUUUGCAGUUUGGACAUCAAUACUGUGCUUGAAUAUAGGAAAAUAAAUGAUUCCAUUAAAAUGUAUUACACACAAGUUAAAUAAAAAUUGCGCAUAAAUAAAUGUUAAAAAAAAAAACAGUACUUCAAGAUUCAAUGCAAGUGUAUUGAAUUUAACGUUAAAUACAACUGAACCAUACUAAGACAAAUAUUUUUGUGUGUGUCCCACUCGAGGGAGCCCGCGUACCACUAGUCAAAAUCACUGUCAGUCUUAACUCAUUGAAUGGAAGUACAGGAGGUCCUCGGUUUAUGACGCAGUUGGAGUCCGACAGCGGCGACACAACCCGAAUGUUGGGACGCGCAAACGCAAGUCAAAACAACAGUUACUAUUUGUGUGAAAAACACUUCCAGGCCAUAACUAUAAACCAAUCCAAUGAAAACCAGUAUGGCGGUAACUGAGUGUGCCUUCUUGUGUCUCCGUGACCAGUUCAAAGAUUAUUGCAUGCUGUCCGUAACCUCGAUUAAUCGGUUCAACCUUGGACAAUCAUAAACCGAGGACCCCGUCCGUCACAGUGUAUAUUUAGAAUGGAUUUGAAACUAAUUUGCUCCUGCAGUUUACAGUUUGCGCCACAAGACGAUAGAAGCACUGA